GUGGACGCGCGUUCCGUUCUGCAUACUGAGGUGAAGUCUGGAGGAAAGGGAGAAGGAGCAUGUUUCAGUGUGUGCUGGAAGGCUUCACAGCGCUGAGAAAGUCCACCAAGUUAUUAGCUCUUAACUAAAACAAAAUAGUACGUCAAGGCACUUUUUGAAAUCGCUAUCAACACCGGUAUUUUGGGCUUUUUUUUCUUUUUUUAAAAAACUUAAACCAGUGACUGCUUUGUAAAUGUGAGAAGGCAACUUAACGGCGAUACUGAGAGGAAAAACUUUUCCCUUUUUUCCUUCGUACGGACACGGAAACGUAGAAAGAGCGGAUGAUAGAUCCUGGAGGUAAAUCCUAACACUCUGUUCUGUGACGGUUACUGGAAAAAGGGAAGAAGGACCCCUCUUCUCCUAAAAGCAUCUGUCACAUUCAGGCCUCUCCCAAUAUGUCUCUGGCCUCCUUCCACUUGAUGCAGGCCCUGAAGAACUCUCCUGCAGCCCUGCGCAGACACUUUAAACGGGACCGCACAGAGAGUCUUUCCCAUGGGGACCCCAUAUUCAAAGUGCACUAUCUAGGCACCAAGAAGAUCUUCUCCCUAGACCUGGAGCAGGCUGAGGAAGCCAUUAACCGGCUCCUGGAUGGUGCUCCUGGAAAGUUGUCCAAAGACCAUGCUUUGGUGGUGCGGCCGCGAUAUGUGGAAGUGAAAGAGUUGAGCACAGGGAGGCAGCUAACCAAGACCUACCUGCAUGACAUUGCUUACUGCGCAUCACACACGGCCCAUCCCAACGUGUUCCUCUAUAUCUGCAGGCAACCUGGUCAGCAGCUGCAGUGUAGGGUGUUCUGGUGUAGUCGUGUGGAAAGGGCAAAGGAUAUGACGGCCUGCCUGGCAAACUCAUUUCAGAGAGCACUAAAUGACUGGCAAGAUGGCUGUGCUACACUGCCAAAGGCAGAGGGCAUCGCGAAUAAGGAUGAGGCUGACAUCACCCCUGCUGCUGCCGCCAAAGGAUUGACACUGCCAGCCAGUUUGGGGAAAGUCCGUUGGAAGAAGAAGGGCUCAAUUUCCCGCAGUCCUCUGAGAGCCAUCACCAGGCGCGGCUCAGCCAGUGAAAACUGGCCAUGAGAUUCCCAGCUACUGGACCUCUUGACCCCUAUGGGAUCCUACCAACAAGAAGGCACUUUCUCUCCAUUCCCACCAUCCCAACAAAGUGACAGAUGACAAUGGCUGGACCUGUCAUAGCUUGACUCCAACAAAUCUUUCUGGCAUUGAAAGUACAGUUUUUACAGACUGGUGUUAGUUUGGACUGUUGCCACAGUUGCUGUCCUUGCUCCUUUAGGGCAAAGACACUGAUGACUGACAAGGUGGGGUGAGCCAAUAGUUCAUAGAUUAUAUGCUGGUCAUUUUUAUUUCAUGUAUUGCUUGUUUAAUUGAUAGCAGUAUUGUUUGUAUUUUCAUCUCAAGACUUAAGGCCUUUAAAGACUUUUAUGCAAGUACAUGCAGAUUAAUAUAUAUAUUACCAAAGUAAAACUGACCUAACCAGUGGCUGAAAGUAAGGAGGUUCUUUUGAUUAGGAUUAUUAAUACAUUUUUUCCCCUCUAAAUACAAUACGCUUGGCUGGUGGGAAGAAACAUCGAAACCAGGAAUGAGCCCUUGUGUUAGGCAUGUUGCAUCAGGGAUUUGUGAAAUAACAGGGAGGAUGCAGGAACCGCAGUGUUGCAAUGGAAGUUCUAUCCCUAUUACCACCCAAAACCGCAGUUGCAAACCACCACAAUUACAAGUUACACAAAAUUUCACAUAUACUUUUGGUGCAGUUUCUAACCAGAGGAAGAAAGCCACACAUUUAAACCUGUAUUCAUCUUGUAUUCUUUUAACUGCUUUAGAAUAUCCACAUUGAGAUUAGACUUGAUCUUCCAGAGUUUUUCCAUCAUUUCAUUUGCCACUAACCAUAAAGUAGGGUAAUAAGCCAAGAGAAAAUUUCCAAAAGAAAAUAAGUAGCACAGUGCAUGUUUGUGUGUGCACUGAGUGAGAGAACACAAUGUGCCCUGUGCGGUCUGUGUAGGAUUCAUGCCGUGCACCUGCAUUCCAAUAGGGCCAUUCUGAACUCCUUUAUGUUCCUUCCUAUCUUCAGUCUACUUUCUGCCAUCAGGACUGCAGAUUUUGAAAAUCAAAUUUUACCUUUUUUUUUUUUUAAAUUAGCAUGUUCUUGUUAAGCUAGUGACAUCAAAAUGCUAAUUUGUGUGUGCAUUUUAGCAUUAAGAGCAACAGUCGUGUAUAUGUUUGGCUUAGUAGCAUAAGACAAGUAUGUUAAACAGGAUUAAAGGCUACAGAUUUGACUGCUGUACAUGACCUUGCUAGUCCAUACGUUGCUAUUUUACAGUCAAUAUUGUUAAUACAUAUUCUAAUUGGAAGUAUCUGCAUGUUUAAUGUUGACCUACAGUAUCUUAACAUCCAGGCAGUUGGCUCAAUUAUCUUUUGGAUAUUUUAUCCUCAUUGGUUUUAAUCUAAUACAAGGACACCAAACCUGCCUCCAGGAUCUGAGUGUCUGCUCAAGGGUUUUUAUUAAUGUCUAAUGAAUGUGCAUGUUUUUGUUUUAUAUUUUUUGUGUACAUAUUUAUAUAUAUGUAUUUUCAAAAAUUAAACUUUUAUACAGUAAUA